AUGGCGGAGCCCAAGGCGUCGUUCACGCAGAUGUUCCUCAUGGCCGUGAAGCUGUCCAUCGGCGCCGGGGCCCUCGCCCUGCCGGCGACGCUGCACGCCUGCGGCGUCGUCGAGGCCAUCGUGCUCUUCCUCUGCAUGGGCGGCGCCGUGCGCUGGUGCAUGCACGCCAUGCUCCGGGCCAAGGACUACUGCGCGUCGCGCGGCGUGCGCGUCGACGCCUACCCGGACCUCGGCAGCGAGCUCAUCGGCGGCGAGGUCGGCCGGCGGGGCAUCGAGGUGUCCAUCGUCGGGUUCCAGCUCGGCGUCUGCUGCGUCUACCUCGAGUUCGCCGCGGAGCUGCUGAGCGACGUGCUGCCGAACCGGGGCCGGAGCGACGCGCGGGGCCGCGCCCAGUGGGUCGUCUUCCUCGUGCCGCUGGUGUCCGCGCCGUGCUGCCUGCGGCACUUGCGAGAUCUGGGCGACGUCGCCAAGGUCGCGACGGCGUUCUUCUUCGCGGCGUGGGCCGCGACGCUGGGCGUCUGCGUCGCGCGCAUCUCCGGCGGCGGCCCGCGCGACGUCGACCCGGGCCCGCGGUCCGAGUUCUCCAUCGUCGCGGCCUUCGCGACGCUGUGCUACUCCUUCGAGGGCAUUCCGAGCACGACGCGGCGCGGACAUCGAAUCGACGUCGCGCCUCUCGAGCUCGGUACGCUCGUCCAGAUGGCGAACGCGCUGUCGGAGCCGAAGCGCGCGGACGAGCUCGUGCGGUCCGCCGUGACCGCGGUGCUGGCCGUGUACGUCGUGACGGCCUUCCUGGGCGGCUACGCGUUCGACAAGCCGCGGAAUCCGCUGACGCUGAGCGUGCUGGACCACGAGCCGGGCCCGCCGGCCGUCGCCGUCAACGUCCUGGUCUGCGUCGCGGUCGUCCUCACCUACCCGCUCCAGUUCUACCCGGCCAUCGUCGCCCUCGAGCGCAUCGCCGGCGUGGGGCCGGGCGCGCGCGCGCCGCAUGGGAAGCGCGCGAAGCGGCGGCGGCCGUCGGGCGGCGGGCCCGACGAGUCCGACGAGUCCGACGACGACGACGCGGACGCGGAGGCGGCGGCGCUGCUCGAGGGCGGGCGGCCGGUUUCGGCGGCCGCGGACUACGGCUCGAGCCGCCUCGGCGACCCGGACGCGUCCGUGUUCAUCACGCGCGCCGACGGCGGGUUCCCCGCGGUCGCGUUCCGCCUCUUCUUCGUCGCGGGCACGGCCCUCGUCGCCGUCCUCGUGUCGGACCUGACGCGGCUCAUCAACCUCGUGGGCAUCAUCUUCGCGCCCAUGCUGGCCUUCAUCUUCCCGGCGCUCUGCGACCUCGUCGCCGCGCACCGGAGCCCGGACGACUACAAGCGCGAGCCCUGGGAGCUCGCCGUGUCCGCGUGCAUCCUCGUCGGCGCCUCGGCGGCGAGCUUCGUCGGCACGGCCCAGCAGGUCGUCGCCUUCCUCCGCGCCGCGGGGCCGACGGGUCGGGCGCUUCGGCGCCUGCUCCUCCACGGCGCGGCCCUCGCGGUCGCCCGCCAGCGCGUCGGCGACCACGUCUCCGGCGAGUACGCGGCGCUCUGCAGCGAGUGCCACGUCUUCGGCCACCACGCCCACAAGCUCGUGCGCGAGGCCGUCGCGCAGGGCGCGGCGCCGUCGCGCCGGGACUGGGCGCGGACGCUCGACGACCACUGCGCGAACCGCCGGCUGGCGACCCACGCCGAGGACGCGUCCCAGGCCAUGCUCUGCGACGGGGUCCUCGCGGGCCGCCACGGCGCGCUCGUCGCGGACGCGCUCUGGGACCUCGUCGACGGCGCCGACGGCGACGGCGACGACUCGACGAUCGCGUCGGCGGCGGCCGUCGCCGACGCGCUCUGCGCCUUCGACUCCGUGACGGAGGCCUGCCCGCGGAACUUUCGCGUGCAUCACGCGCCGACGGACACGUACGAGGCGGCCGCCGUGCAGCACGCGUUCCGCAACGGCGCCCGGGGGCCCGUGGAGAUCCUCGUCAUCGACGGCGCCGUGGGCCGCGCCUGCGCGCCGGAGGAGGAGGACGCGGCCUUCGACGGCGCGGACUCGCUCGCGCGCAAGUUCCUCGCGCCGGGCGGGGCGGGAAAAGGGCGCGACGCGCCGGGCGAGGAGAAGGUCUUCGCGCUCGCGCGGCCCGCGCCGCGGCGGGGCGACGCGCCGGACCUCGAGGAGACGACGUACCGCGUCAAGCCGCGCCGCGGCGACUGCGCCGACGGCUUCGACCUCUACGUCGACUUCACGGCGCGGUUCCUCCAGUACGCCGUCGAGGACCGCGCCGCGUUCGACCCGGCGAAGCCGCGGUCCAACGCCAACUGCCCGCUGAACGUGACGCUCGCGCCGGACCUCAUGCCCUACGGCACGGACGUCCAGCCCGACGGCCGCCCGCCCCACAUGCGCCACAGCGCGAUCCCCAAGAAGCACCGCCGGCGGAAGCGGCGGGAGCUCUAA